CGGUCAAGGCGUGUUGACGUUUGUGUCUGUGUGUGUGUGUGAGGUGUUGAUGCUGAGUGAGUCUUGAUAGUCCUGUAACUCUGAUAAGUAUGGGGGACGAGACUUGGGCUAAUAUUCAGCUCGUGAAGAGUAAGAGGGAGAGUUUUAGAGAGAAAAUUAAAAAACGAAAAGCGGAGAGAGAGACCAUCCUGAGUUCAGUUGCGGGAGGCGGCAGCAGUAGCCCAAGUUCAUUUAUUCCUCCUGUGGACCCCAGUACCCCAGCUCCUGUUGUUCCUGCAGCAACACCAAAUGGAAAUGAUGACUCCAGUUUAGAAUGUGCCUUGUUAGAGUGUUUAAAUGGGGCCUUGCCGCCUGUACAGUCGGCACAGCUUUCCCAGACUUUGUCAACAAAACUAAGAAGAAAUUUACAACCAAAAGUCAUUGAUAAUCUCUUGCAAAAAUUUGCUUACAAAGAACUUAUAAGCAUUACACAGGAGGUUGGGGAUGGCCGCACAACCAUAACGGUGACUGCUGUUCAACACAACCGAGUGACCGCGGUCCUGGGAGCUGAACAUAGGGAAAAGAAGCUUCAGCCUAUUGCUACAACACAACAAGGUGAAAGUCCAGUGGUGGAGAAAAUUACUGUCUCAUCUGAUGAACCGCCCGCGAAGGUUUUACGGGAAGACAAGGAGAAUAAGAAUGACAAGGAUAAAAGAAAGGAAACUAGAGAGGAUGAUGUCAUGAGCCUGUUGUCAGCGCAGAGCAUACGUGAGCGCGAGACAAAGAAAGUGGGCGAAGAGAUAAUGGAACUACUGAGUAAACCCACAGCCAAAGAACAGAGUAUUGCUCUGCGUUUUAAAUCUCAGGGAGGAGCAAAAGUUCAAGAGUUUUGUCCACACGGCACCAAAGAGGAGUGUGAGAGAGCGACAAAGAAGGCCGGCCCACAGUGCGGUCGACUCCACUUCCGCAAGAUCAUCCAGAAGCACACUGACGAAUCCUUAGGAGACUGUUCCUUCCUCAACACCUGUUUCCACAUGGACACUUGUCGAUAUGUUCAUUAUGAGGUGGACUAUACAGGGGUGUCCGAGCAGCAGCAGCAGCAACAGGAGCAGCCCACCUCCAUCAUCCUGCCUUUGGAGCGUCCACGCCCAGAUGAGAGGACCAUUCUAUUCCCUCCUCAGUGGAUACAGUGUGAUCUUAGGUUUCUAGAUAUGUCUAUACUAGGGAAAUUUGCUGUUAUUAUGGCAGAUCCUCCGUGGGAUAUCCACAUGGAGCUGCCUUAUGGCACAAUGUCCGAUGACGAAAUGAGACAACUAAACAUUCCCAUAAUGCAAGACGAGGGGCUCAUAUUUUUGUGGGUCACAGGCAGAGCGAUGGAGCUUGGUCGUGAGUGUCUUCAGCUCUGGGGCUAUGAGCGAGUAGAUGAAAUAAUUUGGGUGAAAACAAAUCAAUUGCAACGAAUUAUCCGUACAGGCAGGACGGGUCACUGGCUGAACCACGGCAAAGAACAUUGUUUAGUUGGCAUGAAAGGGAACCCGAAGAUAAACCGUGGUCUUGAUGGAGAUGUCAUCGUAGCUGAAGUUCGAGCCACUAGCCACAAGCCAGAUGAAAUUUACGGCAUAAUCGAGCGACUUUCGCCAGGCACACGAAAACUGGAGCUGUUUGGACGACCCCAUAAUGUACAACCAAACUGGGUCACACUUGGGAAUCAGUUAGAGGGCGUCAACCUACUGGAGGAAGACCUUGUAAAAGCUUUUAAGGAAAGAUACCCGGAUGGCAUUUGCCGUAAGCCAUCUUCACAAUAAUUCAUGGUGAUGUUUAUGGUCACAUUGUAGUAGAAAGAACUGUCAAUUUGUAUGAAAAUGAAUUAGUUAAUUACAAUGCCACGGUUAGUUCACAUCAGUGCCAGAAAUAUUUUAAACCAGUUUGUUAUUCACUAAGGAUGUACAGUACACACACCGCUUAUAAGCCACACAGACUGGCAACCUCAAAAUUCCUAAACGGCAACUUCGCUGGAUCCAUCCCUCCCCCACCUCCCGAAACAUGCAAACCAGGCAAUUAAUCGGUGUUCAGCCAAGGUGUAAAGUUAAUGCUUUUCCAUGCUAACCUGUUCAAGGGUAAGCGUUGACUUUAUACUGGAGCUUGAAAUUUUGAAAAUUACAUUUUGGGGGGAUCGACAAAUUUAUUUUGCUCAAAAUCUUAGUACUGUAUUGGUAUUCCUUGAUGGGAAGAUUAAAGGUCUGUGUUCAAAAAGUUUAAAUUCUGGUAAAUAAUUAAUUUUUUAAAAGUCAAUGGAGAUUGAAAAUUGGAUAAUUAAUUUCCCUGAUUAAUUUGAGCAGUUUUGUUAUGAGAUUUUACUUAUAAUCUCAGCAAGGGCAGAUCCAGGGGGGUCCUGGGGUCCAGAUCCCUAUUUUCACCAAAAAUUCCAAUACUUUUUCUUUAAUGCAGUAUUGUGCGCAUGGCUUCAAAAUGCCCAUGAUAUUGGUCAGAUUAAAAAAAAUCAUUGGAGGGGGGGGGGGCUUACAGCCCUCCCCUAAACCCCCCAGCUGGGUGAGCUCGCUGUGCUUGCCAUGUCCCCUCCCCCCACAACUUCUUGGACCCCUCCCCCUUUUGAUAUUCCUGGAUCUGCCCCUACUCAGUAUACUGUAGGUAGUCCUUGACACAUUUUAAGGCUCUGUGUAAGGUCAGCACUUACCCCUGAAUACAUUAGCAUGGAUAAAUAACUUUAGAAAUGUAUUUUAUUUCUGUUUCUAAAACCUAUCCAUAGUAACGUGUUUGGGGAUAAGCGUUGACUGUACACCUUGUCUGAUUACCGAUUAAUUGCCUGGUUUGUAUGUUACGGGAGGUGGGAGAGGGUUGGGCCCAGCUAAGUUGCUUGUAAGGAAUUUCAAGGCUGCCAGUCUGUGUGGCUUAUAAGUGGCAUGGACUGUUCAGUACUGAGUUUCUGUGAUCAUAGACCUGUUCACAUUUGUAAAUUAUUUGUAUUGAUUCACAGUAGUUUGGAAAUUGUUGCUGGAAUGACUAGCCAGAUUACAUGAGUGUAGCGUUCAUAUACGAUGUCAUUGGUCUUAAUUUAAUACUGUACCAUUAAUGGGAGAGAGAUGAAUGGGCGAGAUGAAAAAAUGACUGCCUCAUGAAUUUACAUCUCCCACUUACGUGUUACAGUAUUCAUUUGAUUUCCCAAAGUAAUUGUGAUAUGUUUUCCAGAUCCUCACAGAAUUGAAACUAAUGAUAUUACCACUUGUUAAGUAUUUAUUACGGUAGUAUUUACUUGUUCCUCCACACUAUUCCUCAGUUGUUAUUUUUUAUCUGGAUUGGUCUCUCGUAAAGUUCCAUGUGUAUAUAAACUAAAUGACCUUCAGAACUUUAUUAUUAGACAGUGUGAUUAUUAUAGAAUCAUGGAUCUCUAUGACUAAGAGUGUGAAGAUUAAAGAAAUGAUGUAGAAUAAAUUGUUAUUGAGGUAAAAUGGAUCGAUCCUCCAUGUGUAAAUUUAUAUUGAAAUAUAAGGUAACUAUAAUUAUGGAGGUAUUAACUUAUUUAGUAUAGUUAUUCUAAGUCUAUUUCCAUUAUUAUAUUGUCUUAAAUCCCUCCAAGUUCAUUAUAUGCCGUACUGUACUGGCAUCUUUUAGUAAUUUUAUAUUUAACAUUCUUGUCUUAGCACCACUGCACAGAGAUAGUACACAUAUUUUACGCUCUUUAGGUUAAAAUCAAAAUAAUUUUAUAUUGUAACAUUAUUCUCUCACAAGGAAGGGGCCUCUCUAGUAGGUUAGAUGCUGUAAAGUUGGUGUCUGGUCAUACAAGUCGAGAUUUAUUUUACCCCACUGUUUGACCAGAACUGCUCUGGGAUCAAACGCUGGCCAGUAGAGCAUCACACUGACCUGCUACCUAUGACACAGCCGAUGCUGUCAGGGUCAUUUUGAUUAAGCAGAAUUUCUGUGAACACGAGGCUUCAAAAUUUCUCUGUAUGGCAGCUAAAUACGUCUUCACUUCUGGCAGAGCAUGUUAUACUGUAUGUGAUAAAGGCUAAACCUUUCCAGUAGAGAAACAUUUUGCUGUAUUUUGGCUAGUUAGUACAGUUGACUAUAAGAUUUGUAUUUUUGAUCACCUUCUGCAUUAACAGAAUUUCUGUUAAAAUAUUUUAGGCUUUUUGUUGAUACAAAAUUUUCAUGUUAUAAAUUUAUAAAAUCUUGCCUAUUACUGUUAAUAUAAAAUAUGAAGAUUAAUAUAUUUUUGAUAAGUAGGGAAGAAUUAAUUUAUGACAAAUAAAGAAACCAUCUUGUUUAGAUGCUGCCAGAUAAACAAAUGUUAUUGCAUUUAAGGAGUUAAAUUAAAUAUUACAAUAUUUAUGUAAUAAGGAAUUUUAAUUUCCACAAUGUAUUCCAAUUUUAGAUGUACUCAUGUCAUGUAUACUGGUACUAGUGUAUUCCUAACUAUUAACAACAUUCAUGUUAGCAGAGAAUAAUAAAUAUCCAAAAUCUAUGAAAAAU